AUGACAAUCAACGUUGCCAUCCUUGGCUAUGGCCUUUCCGCCACGACCUUUCACAUCCCCUUCAUCACAACCACCCCCGGCCUGGCUCUGCACUCAAUUGUCCAGCGCUCCCCCACAGAGACGAAUUCCGCCGUAAAGGACCACCCCAGCAUCAAGGCCUACAAAUCCACCGCCGAGCUCUACGCAGCCCCAGAGACAAGCGAGGUUUCCCUGGUGGUUGUAACCACCAGCAACACCACCCACUUCUCGUACUGCAAGGAGGCGCUCGAGAACGGCAAGAAUGUCGUUGUGGAGAAGCCCUUCGCAACCUCUUCAAAGGAGGCUGACGAGCUUAUUGCGUUGGCUGAAAAGGUCGGAAAGACCUUGACCGUGUUCCAGAACCGUCGUUUCGAUUCCGACUUCCUCAGCCUCCGCGCUCUGCUAUCAGCUACACCAUCGCCCUUCGGAAAACUAGUCUCCAUCGAAUCCCACUACGACCGCUUCAAGGCCGUCGAGGUCAACCCAUCCGACACCCGCGCCUGGAAGAGGGAACAAUCAUAUGGCAACGGGACACUAUGGGAUUUGGGAACACAUCUCAUCGAUCAGGCACUCACUCUCUUCGGGCUCCCCGCCAGAGUAUUCGGCCAGAUCCGUGAUGAGCGCGGGGCAAGCGUGAACCCAAAGGCAAUCUGGGGAGAGGACGGGUUUUUGGACGAUUUCUUCGAGGCGACGCUCUACUACGACGGGAGAGAGGAGGGCGAACGGGGGUUCGUGGUGAGGCUGGAGGCUGGGACGCAGUCGUUGAGGGAGAGGCAAGUGAGGUUUAUUGUCAGAGGAUCGGAGGGUGGAUGGGUUAAGUAUCACCUCGACCCGCAGGAAGACCAACUCAAGGGAGGGCUGCUGCCCACAGCGGCGGAAUUCGGAGUCGAGGACGAAUCUAUUCAUGGUACAUUCAUAACACCUGAUGGCACUGCCACAAAGACGCCCUCGCAGAAGGGCAACUACGGCAAGUUCUACUCAAACCUUGUAUCUGCCAUCAAUGGUGAGAAACAGCUCGUUGUGAAGCCACAGGAGGCUGCCGAUGUCAUCAGGUUGAUAGAACUACUUGGAGAGAGUAACAGGCAAGGCAAGGUAUUGGCUGUUUCACGGUAA